AUGGAAGAGCACCCUAUUCGUGGAAGCGCUAUCUGCGUCGUGGAGCACAAGGAAUUCGAAGGGAAGGACUCAUACCUACUGAAGGAGGAUCGACUGCGUCAGCUGUUGCUUCAGGCUCACUGCAGGGACAAGCCGGUCGCGGUGGUGUCCAUCGCCGGGGGGGCGAGGAGGGGGAAGUCCUUCCUCUUGAGUCUCUUCCUGAGAUACCUCAGGGCUCAAGGGUCUGAAGAUUGGCUGGAGAAUGAGGAUUUUCCCAAUAAAGGGUUCGCCUGGAGAAUGAGUUCCAAGGGAGUAACAACUGGGAUCCAUAUCUGGGACGAAAUUUUCACAAUAAGGCUCCAAAAUGGGGAAGAGACUGGCAUCCGGCGUCUUCCUCCUUCUCCCACGGCUGAAUUCCAUGCCAAAGGGACCCAGAUCAGCCAAUUGGGAUGCAAGCAUGAGUCCCCCCCUCCCCCCCAAAAAAAAACUAUUCAGGAACUAGUUGAGAUUCCCGAAUCCUUCUUGCAGGCAUGCAUUCUCUUAAUGGACACCGAAGGGACAUUUGACUCCGAGAAGUCCCUCGCCCACAGCGUCACCGUCUUCGCCCUCAGCACCCUCCUCAGCUCCGUCCAGAUCUACAACCUCAAGGAAAACAUCAACAUGGACGACCUUCUUCACCUCCAGGUAUGGUUUCCUUGA